GAAACAGAGCCGCCAAGCGCACCAAGGACGUAGGUUGAAGCUGCGUGGCCGAAACAGGCUCUGGUGCGUGGGCAUGGCGCUUACAGCGAUCCAGGGUGCCGGACGACUUAGCAAGCUAUCCAUCCUCCACCAACUUCAAGACUCGUCUCAGGGGUCCUUUGCAGGCAGCGCCCUAUGCGUUCUACGACCUCGCACCUAUAUCCCCGCAUCUAUGGCAUCAGAUAGGAGAAGGAGCCCGAGAGCUAUCAGACCUGAUGUGACCGUGUUCCCAGAAGCGCCGCCUAAUGUCGCCGCCAUCUUCCUCAUCCGCUUUGACAUCAAGGCCGGUUAUACGGUAAAAUGGAAGCGAUCUGUACCAGAGGUUGUCGUUGAGAACGUUGUUGAAUAUAAAUCACUCCCAUCGGGUCUACACAACGUCCGGGAAGAUCUUAUUUAUUUCGUCCACGAGCAAUAUGCCGGUAUCAGCGCGUUUGUAAACCACCCUGCAGCAGAGUCGCAGCGGAAUGCCUUGAUGCUGGCUGUUGGAGUUUUGGUGCCUCUCAGCUAUGGUAGACUAGGAAAGGCCUGGAGACAUGCUGCAAAACUAAAGGAAUUGGCCAGGAGCCUAGCAGAAGAUCUUGAUAAUACGGAGCCCUUGUCCGCAUACUGGGAAACGUACCAGCUAUCUGAAGAUACUGUUUCUCCCCCGGAUUCCCCAUUGGGUUCAAUCGCAAGCUUAAAAACACCUGUUCGUGAUGUAUACGCCAGGCAUCGCGCCCUCAGCGACGCCACGGCACUGUUGACCGCAAAGCAAUCCCUUGCGCCUUACCAUCCCGCCCUCUCCCUCCCAGAGUUCUUAGAUACCUUUGGACCAUUAGUUUUCCAGUUAUAUCGAGCAGCUUUAUUACGCAAACGGAUCCUCUUAGUGGGCGAGGCACCUGUCGAGGAAUCAUGUAACUUCGUAUAUGACCUAGCUCUUCUCUCCUCGCUUCCACAAUCCCUACUCCCUUUUAUCCCACCAACUUCUUCGUUAGCUCUCAGACCUCGACCGCUAUUUAGCGUUGGCAUCCACGACAUGCCAUACCUAGUAUCACGACCAUCUCCCUCCAUCUCAGAUCCCGAUAGCUGCUGGAUUGCAUGUACUACUGACCGCGUCCUCGGCCUAAAACCUGAGCUUUAUGACGUCCUCGUAAACCUCCCUCCAGCUUACUCUAAACACGCGCCAGUAAAGACCUACCCUUCUAUAGCACUGUCGAUCGGCCGUACCGCAAAUAAGGAACAACAGAAACCUAUAAGCAUUAAGGCCACCCAGCGGGACGCUCGACGAUAUUCUACCCUUAAGAGUGGCCUUCUUGAACUCUCUAGACGUGGCUCUUCGUCCGCAAUGGAUGAUGAGGAUACGUCGGACAACACUUCAACUUUCUCUUCUAGUUCGGUUGUUGAACCUGUCUCCUGGCCACUCCUCGCGUAUACCUCCUUCCUCUGGUGGGCCUCAGCUGGUGAGAAGCGCGAAGGCCCCUCCGAAGGAGAAAACGAAGAAGACUCCCGACUUCUACUGGUCGAUAAUGCCCACACACCCUUCCCCACUUAUCCAAGUAGCCUAAGCGGUAGCAUCGCGCUACUGGACCAGGGCAGCAGCCACCAGCCGCGAGAAAUCGCAUUAAUAACCUAUUUCCGCCGCCUAACGACGCAAAUAUUCACAGUCAUGUCAGACGUCAUUGCCCGCCAGGGUGGAAACGCACCCGUCGCCGAAUCAACGCUCGGUCCUGAGGAUGACGGAUCCAAUUUUGACCAUGAUGAGGAUUCCGCAGUUGACACGACGGCCUCUCCAAAUGACCCCUUACUGCCGCUGUCGUCCUACGACGAUACGUCAGACGAUAUCAUCCCGAUCAGUUCGAGUGAUAUGACAGAGAUGGGGUUGGAUACAUGGAGUGCCUCGGAUCGCGCAUUUGUGGAGGAGCUUGUGCAGGUAUGGUGGGGACGCAAGGCACAGGUACAAGGUGCGAGAAUUACCUGCUGUGGGGUACGAAUUCUUUAGCAAGAAUCAUAUCCAAAAGUAAUGCAGAUAUUAAUGGGGUACAAAUAACCCGGCCAUGUCGAACAAGUUCUUAGAAAACGAUGCUACGACAUCAUAGUGGGAUACCCUCUUUCAUCGAGUUCGGUGGAAUUGAGAUAAGUGCUCUAUAUAUAAUCCACCUACAGUUACCCUAGCUAUCAGCAUUGUGAUCCUAGUGUUUCGAGUUCAUGUUUUUAGCCAGGACAAACUAUGCAUCCAAAACCUCAUUUCAAGAAGUUUAAAUGAUAUCACAUAUCCAACACGGCCGAAAGUAGUUCCAAAAUAUGCCUGCUGGUCUAAACCAAACCGAAAACAGUUGUUAUAUGCCCACAGUAACAGGCGAUCAUGAUGUUAAGUAGAUGUAUAAUACAUUAUUUAAAACGAGUCCAUUAUUUAUUUGCCUCGAAGGGGAUAAAAACGUUAAAUAAAUAGAGCAGAGAACGGAAGAACAUCCUCCGAAGAACGCCUGACCCCGAAUAAAAUGCCAUAAAAAAUAAUCUUUGGAACGCUGAGCUACACGAUAGAGACGCCUGGCUACCAAAAAACCAAGGGGGUGUGAGAUCCACGCAGCGAGCAAGCAAGGGGAUCAAAAAAGGUAGGGGAAAAGGCACAUAACCAAAGAUGAGAUGGAAUUGGAGAUAAUAGACGCUAAUGGAGCUUUUUGCCAGAAAUUAUAAUAGGAAGAUGAGGAGGACGAGGUCAAUAACAUGAUGGGCAAGCCUCACGCCGCGUCAAUCAGAUCCAAAUGAAAGGAUAGGAAUGAAAAGCUCCAGAAAUAAAUGUGAACAGAAAAGCAAAAGCAUACAACACCCGCUUAAAAGGGUAUCUAAACUUUGAAACCCCGUAAAACAGUACACGACGCCCAACGAAGAUGUAAAGAUGAAUAUAAAGAGGGGGGAUAGGAAGAAAAUAGAACAGAUAUAGCACCAGGUAAAACACCGCUUUAAGAACUAGAUAAUGCUCAAUAUCUUCCAAUAGGUGCACUGAAA